CCAGCAGACUCGUUAACUUGUUGAAGAAAUGCAGGUACUGUAUCAUGCAUUUCUUCAUCUAAUUGCAUUUCGUAAAUAUUUAUCAACUUGUUUUUACGCGGAAAUUUUUCAGACAUUUGCAGUAAUGUGUUUCUUUCAAAUUGGAAUAUACUGGCUUCUUAGAGAAGCAUCUAAUCCGUUUAUUUAAUAAAGACAUAGUUUGCCUCAGAGUAACUUGGAUUUACAUUAUUGCUGGUGCUUUAUGGUUAAAAUAUUUGAUAAAAGAAAAAUGUAAAAUUGUGAGUAAUGAAAAAAUAGAAAAUUUGUGGCUUAUUAAAAUUUAGAUAAUUAAUUUUAACUGGAUUGGUUUUGAUAUUGAAUUAUAAAAUGGUUUCAGUUGCUUUAUGUAUUAUUGAUUCUGUUAGUGUAAUUGAAUCCAUUGUUAGAUUAGCUCAUAUGUACGCAUUACUUUCGGAAAGUUCUCCAGACAAUGUGACUAAGAUUCCUACAACAACAGGACCGCUGAUUGGAGAGAGCAAAGAUAAAAUAACUGUUAGACAUUAUGCAAAACACGAGUUAUGCAAAAACUUCGACGGUAAAAAGUAUUUCUACAAAGCAAUUAAAACCACGUUUUGUUCUUUGACAUCAACAUUUACAGCAAAACAUGUAUUUGAUUUAUGUAGGAAUCACGACUAUAUGCUCGUUAAAUGGGUAUCAGCACUUUUCGAUUUUGAUGGUGAUGGAUAUAUAACGCAUUUAGAAAGAACAUACUAUGAAUGACAACAACAAGUUAGUCAAAAUGCAUAAUAUCAUGUAUUGUGUAAUUUCCUUGUAUCCAAGUUUGGAACGUUAACCUGUGAAUUAAAUUAUAGUUUGAAUAUCCAGAAAGAAUUUUAUCAUUUUUGUACUUGUUUUGAGCUCACAGUAUGACGUGAAGAAAGUAUCUACCGAGAAAAUAAUGAUGAAUCAGCAUAAUAAGUGUCGUUUCAAUUCUAAUUAUUUACCGCUUCUGUAACUCUUAAACUUUAGUUACCUUUCAAAUCUCUUAGAAUUUGAUCAGAUUCCACAGGGUGUGGCACUGAAUCACUAAUAACCAAAUAGCCAAAUUGAAUUUGACUUUUUAUGAAUUAAAUCGAUUUACUAACUCUUAUGAUCGAGAUAAUUCAACUUUAUAUUGCAACAUUUUUUCUUUGGUACUUUAUUUUAGAUUUUAAUUCAGUAUUAAACAUAUUUUUCUGUGAUAUUUAUAUACGUUUUCUUUGUGAUGAGUUAACAAAUAGAGUUCAAAAAGCGUAAUUAUAAUGUAUAAUUUGCUCUAAUGCUCAUACAUGUAGUAGGAUGCAAAUAUUUAGAAGGUUUUAUAUAAUGUCAGAUGAAUUUCUUUUUAUUUUUUAUGCCAAUCUAUUUUAUAACAACAAAAACAAAGCAAUGGAAAUAUCAUCCUAUUCAUUUUGGAGGGUGUAAACGUUGGUAUAAAUGGGCUUGUCUUGGUAUGUAAAUACUCAUGAAUUAGAUAUUUUUGUUUGCUUUACGCCAUGUUGAUAAUGUAUGUAUUACUUGUCUAUAUUUAGAUAUUAAUAAAGUGGGUUCCCAAAAUAUCAAAGACGUUAUUGUCAGUGACCGCCAUUUAUUUCAGUUGAAUAUAACUUGGGCAUUCUAAAGAUCACGUAUUGUUUUGUUUUCAUAACUUUAUUUUUCUUUACACGGUUAUACUAUUUUAAUUUUCCGGUAAUAAAUAACUUAUAAAUCAUGUCUUUAAAUUUAAGGAAAAUAUUAAAUUCAUUUUGUUCAUGCUUUUUUUAUUUCGAAAUACUGAUAAGAUUUAACAUCAGAUUUUAUACAGUAAAAUUGCAAUCAUUGAUAUCUGCUCACAUUUUCCGAAUAUU